AUGGCGUCCUUCAAACCUUACCCGUUUGUUCUCGGGUUCCUCGUUAUCUACCUGUUCGCCAGCCCUGCCUUGGCCUUUGGUGCUGGUAACAUUGCUGGAAUCUCCAAGAUCGAGGGCCAAAACUGGCGCCACGGUGAUAUCGAAGAUGCCCUCCUCAAGAUCGUCAUGGCGCGCGCCAUGGGCGGCAAGACUUUCGACAAGCUCUCCGUUUCCCGCGUCUACUUUGGCAACUGGCUCCGCGACUACUCCCAAGCCAUCGAUGUCGGCACCGUCAAGGCUGUCUCCGCCGAAGCCAUCCGUCUCCUUCUCUGUAUUCUCGGUUUCCUGACCUUCGGCUAUGGUAGCCGCGAGUUCGAGGUCACGGCCGACCGCCUGGGCUGCUACCGCCCCGAGGACCAUAUCGACAACCCCAAGAACUAUGCCGACAACGUGGACGCCCGCGACUACGACCCCCGCCUCCGUGGCCCCAUUGACGAGGGUGUCGAGCUGGCCAUUGACCCCGAGACCGGCAUGAAGAACUACAUUGCCAACGAGAACCUUGGCAUCAUGAGCUCUGCCGAGCAUGUUCGCAACCUCUUCUCCAAGUGCAUUCGCCUGGCUCGCUCAUACAAGGACACCAAUGACAAGACUGAGCUCUACGAAGCCCUCCGCCUUAUGGGUACUGGAUUGCAUUGCUUGGAGGACUACCUCGCUCACAGUAACUACACCGAGCUCGCUCUGAUUGAGAUGGGCGAGCGCGACAUCUUUCCCCACGUCGGCCGCGAUACCAAGCUGCGCAUCCCGGGCGCUCGCCACUCCGUCUACCCCAUUGUCACUGGUACUUUCGGUGGUGUUGAUUUCUUGCACUCCGUCACCGGUGAACUGUCCGACAAGAUGACCCAGAGCGAAAUCGAGGAUCUCGAGGGAACCCUACAAGCCGGCCGCAACAGCGACACCAGCCUUCUCCGUGACCUGUUGGACAAGAUCCCCGAUGGCUUGAUCGGCGGCGACAAGAAGAACCAGCUUGAUGAGAUCCAGGAGAACGCCGCCAACUCGCAGCUUGAGAACAUGAGCGUGUCCCCCAGAGAGCCUGAGGAGUUCACCCUCUACGUCCAGCAGGUCUUCCGCCAGGUUAUGCCUGUCAUCGAGUUCCACGACGAUCUUCUCCAGACCAUCUCGAAGGCUAUUGAGAAGAUCCCGGUCCUCCCCAAGAUCAUUGAGCAGCUUGAGGAGCAACUCUCUCUUUUCGUUUUCCAGAUCAUUGCUCCCGUUAUCAUUCCUCUCAUCGACCAGAUCAAGAACGAGCUUGCCACCGGUGCCACCGAGAUCAUCAACAGCUCCAAGAACGAGCAGCACGUUGUUUUCAAUGAUGACAGCAGCACCGACCCUACCCAUUCCAUGCUGUCCAAGGACCAUUUCUCCAACAUCCUCAACGAGAUCGCCGGUCGCACCGCCUCCAGGGUGGUCAGCUGGGUUGUGCCUCAGCUGAUGGACGCAUGGGACAAUGAUAGUGUUGAUGUCGACCGUCUUCUGAACAGGAUCAUCUACGGCAUUCUCCACCACCCCGCCCAGCGUGACAUGGGAGAGGACGGUGCUGAGGAGGGUCGCCAUAUGUUGUUCUCCUCUGUUGAGGAAUGGUGGAACGACCUGGGCGAGGACGCUCGUGAGGAGUAUCGCUACAAGCUUAGCCGCGAGGGCGUUCUGAACGGCGAGAACCACAGGGAAGGCGUCCAGGACUGCGGCCACGGCUGCGGCAAGCCUCUGGGCAUGCACAAGAACUUCAAGAACGAGGCGCCCGAAACCAUGGAGGACAAGAUCGCCGCCGCCGCCGCCGACCGCAUCAUGGGCGGCGUCAAGCAGGGCUUCUCCAACUUCCUCAGCGGCCAGCAGAGCAGCAGCGAGGGCGGUCUCCUUGGCGCGGUCGCCGGCGGCUUCCUAGGCGGUGGUUUCAGUAACGAUGCAACCAGCGCCUAUCGCUCCAGCGGCUACACCCCCGACGGCGGAUACUCGGAGACCACGACCGAGUACGGCCACGACGGCAGCCGCUACGGCCAAGCCGAGUACACCGAGACGCGGUACGACGACGGAAGCGAGCGCCAGGAGUAUCGUCGCUAUGAGCAGGACGACAAUGGCGCCGAUGGCUACGGCUACGAGGACCGCCGAUACCGCCGUGAUGAUGGCGAGGAGUACCGCGAGGAGCGCAGGUACGGCCGCGAUGACGAGGAGGAGUACGGCGGCGGCGGAUACUCCCGUCGUCAGGAGGACGAGGAUCUCGCCUACCCUGAUCCCGAGCGCCCCUCGAGCCCCAGUCUCCUGGACAGGAUUGCCCAGCGGGCUAAGGAGGCGUUCGAGGAGAGAAGGAGGGAGUACGAGAGCGGAGAGCGUGAGCGUCGUUGGCCAUUCUAG